AUGUCGGAGAAUUUCGUCGCACCGGGCCAGCAGCGCUACCUGCGCGCCUGCAUGGUGUGCUCCAUCGUCAUGACCUACAGCCGAUUCCGCGAUGAGGGCUGCCCCAACUGCGAAGAGUUCCUGCACCUCGCGGGCUCACCGGACCAGAUCGACAGCUGCACGUCCCAGGUCUUCGAGGGCCUAAUCUCCCUCGGCAGCCCGGGCAAGUCGUGGGUCGCGAAGUGGCAGCGUCUUGACGGCUAUGUCAAGGGCGUCUACGCCAUCAAGGUCUCGGGCCAGCUGCCGGACGACGUGCGCACCACGAUCGAGGAGGAGUAUAGGAUACACUACAUCCCACGUGACGGCAGCGCGACGGAGGCAGAUUGA